AUGGAUGCAUUUGAGGACCCAAGGCCGGUGUUCCACAACUACCUGCGCGCUUUUUACCCUUUUCAUCCGGCCGGAAAUGUCUCUCCCUCGACCGUCACACUCCCUCUGGACCAGGGAGACAUUAUUUUGGUACACUCCGUUCACACCAAUGGCUGGGCCGAUGGUACACUGUUAGAUUCAGGAAAUCGAGGCUGGUUACCCACGAAUUACUGCGAAGCAUACGACCAGUUGCCUAUGCGUCCUUUGUUGAAGGCCCUGACCGACUUUUGGGAUAUCAUUCGAGGAGGAUGCGGAUCAUCGCUAAAAGAUUUUGGGAAUCAAGACUUGAUGAGAGGCCCUAUUGCUGGCGUGCGGUUCCUACUUGAGAAAUCAGAAUGUCUCACUCGAGAAUCUUCCUUGAUAAGGAGGUUCGAUGGGUUACGCAGAAUUAGGAAAGCUUUGCUAUCUGACUUGUCUUCGUUGGUGAAAACCGCGAAGAAAUUCCAGGAAAUUGCCAACGGGGUCCCGUCAGAAGACGAGGUUGAGGCAAUUUUGGAUGAGAUGCUUCUCAAGGCUUUCAAGAUUGUUACCCGAGGAGUUCGAUUCCUCGACGUGUGGAAUGAGGAGGUAGGCUUGGAUAGGACUAUUGCCGAGAUGGAUGGGCCCGGCGAGAGCCUGCCACAAUACAACAUGCCGCUGACUCCUGCCUCCGAGAGUUUCAGCCUCAGCGAGACCGACGGACCCGGUCGACCAGAGUCGCGGAUGGUGGAAUCUCGACUGGAGUCGCGGCGGAUGAGCCAUAGCCGCGGGAACAUGAGUCGGUCAUCGAUGCGCACUGAGAUGAUUGAUCACAGGCCGGCAUCCGUUGCCACGAAACGGGUCUCUGUAUCCCAUCGCAUGUCAGUCUCUGGUCCUUCCACUUCUAUCAAUGCCCAGAAUUUGGCAUCUGAGCGGCUUGGAACGACAUAUGAUACGUUCCUCGGCGUGCUUGGGUCAUUUAUCGGGCUUCAUAUGCAGUCCCGCUCCUCCACGGAGUUGGUUGUCACCACCCACCAGGCUGUCCAGUCGUGCAGGCAAUUGCUGAAUGUUGUUGAGGUAGUGUGUGAGCAUGGCACACACUGCAGCGUGUUUCUCGAACAGGCACGAGAGUCAAUGUGUGAGAAGCUAUCUGAGCUUGUUCACGCUGCACGCGACGUAUUCCGCCCCGCACACUUACCAGACGAUGAUCUUGUGUUCAUGCCAGACGAAGGAAAGCGGCUCGUGGAGGCUGCGACUGAAUGUGUAAGAGCCGCCGGAAACUGUUUGGCGAAGGCUCGCCUGGUGCUUGAGCAGAUCGGUGAUCUUGAGCUUGACCCCGAACACUACGAAGAGAGAGGACAGGACAUGUCUAGCAUGGACUCUUCACAAGAGGACUCUGAGACUCCGGUAGAACAGGAACGACAGGAGCUGUCACUUCGCCUUCCCCCACCUCCUCUUCACAUUCCUAGCACCACAUAUUCUCCCCCCACACCUGCUCUCACCGAUGCUACAACGCCUUCAUCCUCCCAGUCUCAUAUCACAAAUUCGCCAGCCAACAUUACUGCCCUUUCUUCCCUACCAAAUUCUGCCAUUCUCCCCACGCACCUGGAGAAUAUCUCUUCUUUUGACUCCGCCAGAACUAGCUAUCGGGAAAGUCACCCCAAGUCUGACGUGAGCGAAUCGUUUGGCCGUGGAAUUACAAGCAACGGAAGCAGCUUCACAUAUAACAGCUACGCACGUGACUCCGAAAUGAGUGGUCUCUCUCAAACCUCAACUCGGGCUACCUCGCCGGAUAUUGGGGGUAGCUUCCAGGGUAGCUUCAAGGUUCACUCACUGAAAGAAAGCCUAAGCUACUCGACCCUUGCCGAGGAGAAUGAAGAAACCGAGGCCAACAUCCUGGAAAGGACUUAUGCACACGAACUUAUCUACAAGGAAGGGUCCGUGAUGGGCGGCAGUCUCCGCGCUCUUAUUGAGAAGCUGACCGCUCACCAAUCCACCCCUGAUGUCAUGUUUGUCUCAACCUUCUACCUCACCUUCCGUCUCUUCGCCACCCCUCUUGAGUUUGCCGAGGCUCUCGCUGAACGCUUCGAGUACAUUGGAGACACACCACACGCUUCUGGACCUGUCCGUCUCCGUGUAUACAAUAUCUUCAAGGGUUGGCUUGAGUCCCACUGGCGCCAUGACCGUGACAACACAGCCCUUGACUUCAUCAUCAAUUUCGCAAACACACGACUUGUUGUCGAUCUCCCUACUGCUGGCAAGCGGUUGCUUGAUUUAGCCGGAAAGGUGUCUGCAGCUGGUGGCCCUCUUGUGCCUCGUUUAGUUUCUUCCAUUGGCAAGACCAAUACCUCGAUUGCUCAAUACAUUCACCCUGAUACUCCCUUACCUCCUCCCAUCCUUAGCAAGAAGGAGCACAACUUGCUCAAACAGUGGAAGAACGGUGAAGCCUCAAUCACGAUCCUUGACUUUGACCCACUUGAGCUCGCUCGUCAACUCACUAUCAAGGAAUCGCGAAUUUUCUGCUCAAUACUUCCCGAGGAACUCCUGGACACAGAAUGGGGCAAACAAACCGCCUCGUUGGCUGUAAAUGUUCGGGCCAUGUCAACCCUGUCGACCGAUCUUGCCCAUCUCGUUGCUGACUCCAUUCUGUACCUCGAGGAGCCCAAGAAGCGUGCUGCUACCAUCAAGCAUUGGGUCAAAAUCGCGAACAAGUGUCUUGAAUUGAACAACUACGAUUCCCUCAUGGCCAUCAUAUGCUCAUUGGACUUAUCUGUGAUCUCGCGACUCAAGAGGACUUGGGACAUCGUAUCUCAGAAGACCAAGACUGCUCUCGAACAGCUCCGCAGCAUAGUGGAUGUGUCUCGCAACUACGCAGUACUCCGUCAGCGUCUUCAGAACCAUGUACCCCCUUGUCUCCCAUUCGUGGGUACCUAUCUGACCGACCUCACCUUUGUCGACCACGGCAACCAAUCUCUCCGCACCCUUUCCACCAGUGACAGCGAAAUGGAUGUCAUCAACUUUGACAAGCAUAUGAAGACAGCGCGCAUUAUCAGCGAGUUCCAACGGUUCCAGAUCCCCUACCGUCUGACCGAAGUUCCGGAGCUACAGGCCUGGAUACAGAAUGAGUUCGUGCGCGUGCGCUCACACGGCGAAACGCCCACACAAACCUUUUACCGCCGCUCCCUGGUCCUUGAGCCCAGAGAAAGCUCACGCAGCGCAACCACUCUUCAGUCUCAGCCCGAGUCCAAUCCCUCCAUCCUCGACAAUGCCAAGGACAAGUUCGACUUCCUCUCAUGGACCAACCAGUCCAAGGUGAAGUCUGUCACGACACACGGAUAG